AUGGCGAUGAUGACUGGCCGUGUGUUGCUGGUGUGUGCCCUCUGCGUGCUGUGGUGCGGUGCCGGUUGUGGUAGAUGUGAAGAGGAGGGGACGGCAGUUCCUGAGAGUGAUGCUGAUCUUCCGCUGGCAUCAAAACAGCUUGAAAACUCUCCACAAGACACCCAAGGCUUAAAUGGUGGAGUACCAGGUGCUAAUGUAAAUGUACCACCCGCAUCUCCCGAACCUAGAGAGGGAGAGGAUGAUGUUGAUGAUGAUGAUAGUGAAGAGACGGAGGCUCAAGAAGAAAUUAUAGAAGGGCAGAGUGGUCAAGGAGGAACAGCUGCAAUAGGCUCAGAUUCCAUGGAAGAGAAUUUAAUUGGCAGUGAGAAGAAAACAGGCCAGUCAAUUGUACCUGCGAAGGACAUUCCUCAUUCCGGCAGUCAGGAAUCAAAUGCCAAUCCUACGCAAAAGGAAAUUGAAAAGAAGGACUCCGGCAAAAAUACACCAGCAGUAGGGAACGCACUCACAACACGUAACGGAGAGAACACACUGCCUGCGGAAGGAAAUCCUCCAUCAUCUCCAAAAAGCAGUGAUGAUUCCCGCAAACAGGAUGGCGAAGACACAACGAGUGAAGAAGAAGAAAAUGUUCCACCGCCUGAGACCGCCGCCACACCACAAAGCCACCGAGACAAAGGCACAGAAGGGACUGUGGAAGAUACAAAAGCAACGACAGUAACCGCCAACACAAGAGAUACGACGAGCACACAAAACAGUGACGGCAGCACCGCGGUCUCCCACACCACCUCCCCUCUUUUGCUUCUUCUUCUUGUUUCAUGUGCGGCUGCGGCUGCGGUGGUGGCCGCGUGA